AUGGCUUCUACCACCGACCCAAAAGCCUCGCUCACUGGCACCGCCAAGAUCUCCUCACUCGGAAGCUUCAUCAUCCCUACCCUCUACAUUGUCAGAGGGCUUGUUGGGGUGUGUACCCUAGUCGCCCCCCAUCUCGCCACAAAAGUCAUGCUGCUCCUUCCCCCCAACGGCGGCCUGCUGCCCCGGUUGUUUGGUGCGCGCGAGCUCGCCAUUGCCACGCUCACCUACGCCGCCUUCCGCCGGCUCAUGUCGAGCGAUCAGUCGUCCAAGGACGAGAUGCGGAGAGUCCUCCUCUGGGGCAAUGGCUUGACCGACACCCUGGAUGUUCUCAGUUGCGUGGCAAUGGCACUGACAGGCCCGGCGGAAUCCGUCGCCGUGUUUGGGGCGGGCGCUGCAUUUGCGGCUGUUGUUGGAUAUCUGGGUGCGAAUGGUCUCCAAUAG